AUGCUGGAACGAAGGGUGUUGCUAUGGCAACGGGAGGCAGGGCCUGGUGGGGACCGGGCCCGGGCUGGGGCCGGGGGCUCCGGCGGUGGCUGUGUCGGGGCGAUGGCGGAGCGCGGCCCGGCCUUCUGCGGCCUCUAUGACACGUCCUCGCUGCUUCAAUACUGCAACGAUGACAACUUGUCCGGUACGAGCGGCAUGGAGGUGGACGACCGCGUGUCGGCGCUGGAGCAGCGGCUGCAGCUGCAGGAAGACGAACUGGCGGUCCUAAAGGCGGCGCUGGCCGACGCGCUGCGUCGCCUAAGAGCGUGCGAGGAGCAGGGCGCUGCGCUGCGCGCGCGGAGCACCCCCAAGGGCCGCGCGCCCCCCGCGCCUGGGCACCACAGCCCUCGGCUCUUGAAAGGCCUUCCAACCAGGACGCCCCUCAAUGGCUCAGGACCCCCGCGGCGCGUGGGCGGCUAUGCCACGUCCCCCUCCUCGCCCAAGAAGGAGGCCACCUCCCGGCACAGUGCCCGCCGCUACUUGUCACCAGAACGCCUCGCCUCGGUGCGCCGCGAAGACCCCCGCAGCCGCACCACAUCCUCUAGCAGCAACUGUAGCGCCAAAAAGGAAGGCAAAACCAAAGAAGCUAUCUUCAGCGUGGAGGAGGGCUCCGUGAAGAUGUUCCUGAGGGGCCGUCCUGUGCCCAUGCUGAUCCCGGAUGAGCUGGUGCCCACCUACAGCCUGGACACGCGCUCCGAGCUGCCUUCCUGCAGACUCAAGCUGGACUGGGUCUAUGGCUACCGGGGCCGAGACUGCCGCGCCAACCUUUACCUGCUGCCCACGGGGGAGAUCGUGUACUUCGUGGCCUCCGUGGCUGUGCUAUACAGCGUGGAGGAACAGAGGCAGCGGCACUACCUGGGACACAACGAUGACAUCAAAUGCCUGGCUGUCCACCCUGAUAUGGUCACCAUUGCCACUGGACAGGUGGCAGGCACCACUAAGGAAGGGAAGCCACUGCCACCCCACGUGCGCAUCUGGGACUCAGUUUCUCUCUCCACUUUACACGUGCUGGGCCUGGGCGUGUUUGACAGAGCUGUGUGCUGUGUGGGCUUUUCCAAAUCGAAUGGGGGCAACCUGCUCUGUGCGGUGGACGAAUCCAACGACCACGUGCUUUCCGUGUGGGACUGGACCAAGGAGGCCAAGGUGGUGGACAGCAAGUGGCCUCCUGUACGGAUGAGGGACCUUGGGCAUGGUGGAGGGGAGAAGUCCUUGUCCAAGGUCACACGCCAGUUCGGGGCUGGGGGCCGGAGACCUGGGUGCUGGAUGGGGGCCCACGGUUUGGGGAAGGAGAAAUGGUUGCGAGGCUGGGCUCUGGGGUCAGACCGAUGUAAGCUCGGGAGGCCACCCAGCUUGGCGACCUUGACACCUUCCCCUCCUCCCCCACCUCAGAAACACGAGAAACCCAAGUACGUGCUGUGUGUGACCUUUCUGGAGGGUGGCGAUGUCGUCACCGGGGACUCUGGAGGGAACCUCUAUGUCUGGGGCAAAGGUGGAAACCGCAUCACACAGGUGGUGCCGGGCGCCCACGAUGGUGGCGUGUUUGGGCUCUGCGCCCUGCGGGACGGGACGCUGGUGUCCGGAGGCGGCCGCGAUCGGAGGGUGGUCUUCUGGGGUCCUGACUACAGCAAGCUGCAGGAGGUGGAGGUGAGGAGGGGGAGGGGCUCCUUCAAAGGUGAGGGGACCCCUCCUCUCUCCAGCAUGUCACUCCCAGCCCCACCCCUUUGUGUGUCCUCCCUUCUCCGCGUUAGCCCGCCCAACGUGCCCGAGAAAUUUUUAUCCCGUGCCCACCGAAACAAGCCCCGCCCCUGGGAGCCUGGCCCCGCCCCCACGCUCCGAAGCCCUGUGUACCCUUCCUUUAGCCCCUUCGUGUGCUCACUGUGCCUCUGUAUUUUGCCAGCCAUCCUUCCUGUCCUCACCCCGCCCCCUCCAGCUCUAACUCCGCCCCUUGCCUCCCCGCAGGGCCAUUCCAGUUUUAUCACCCACCUGGACUGGGCCCGGGACAGCAGCCGCUUCGUCACCAACUCCGGGGACUAUGAGAUUCUGUACUGGGACUCAGCCACCUGUAAGCAGAUCACCAGUGCAGAUGAAGUGAGGAACGUGGAAUGGGCCACAGCUACUUGUGUCCUGGGAUUUGGGGUGUUUGGGAUCUGGUCCGAGGGAGCGGAUGGUACUGACAUCAAUGCUGUGGCGCGCUCCCAUGAUGGCAAGUUGCUGGCUUCAGCUGAUGACUUUGGCAAAGUUCACCUGUUUAGCUACCCCUGCUGUCAGCCUCGAGCCCACAGCCACAAAUACGGUGGACACAGCAGCCACGUGACAAAUGUGGCCUUCUUGUGGGAUGACAGCAUGGCCCUGACCACAGGGGGCAAGGACACCAGCAUACUGCAGUGGCGGGUGGUCUGAAGUGGGGGUGGGGAGGGCGGUUCCCAGAGACAUGGGGCCGAGGGAGAGUCAGGUGGCAGGGCUGGAAUUCUAUUUUCGGGAGAUGUCUAUUGCCGAGUAGAGUAAUAUAUACCCAGAGUAUGUCUAUAGCAGAGAGGGUUAUGGCGUUGGGAGGGUGGACCGACAGACAGAAGUCUCUAUUUAUCAGGGUGGGAAGAGGGGUCACAUUGUUUUGGGGGAGCCAUUAGGGUGCUUGGUUUGGGGUGUUUUUUAAGUUUAUUCUUUUAUAUCAUCCAGAAAUAAAGACAUGUGCACUGAG